GGAAGCGGAAGCAGUCGGCGGCGGGCGGGCGGGCGGGCGAUGCCGCUGCACCGGUACGCGCCGCGGCUCUGGCCCGCCCUGCGGCUGCGGGAGGGCAUCUGUGCGCGGCUCCCGCAGCACUACCUGGCCUCCCUGCAGGACGACACGCCGCCCACCCCCGUGCACUGGCGGCCGCUCGGCGUGAGCUACAGGCGGAACCCGCGCACCGGACAGCGGGAGCGCGUACAGGACGUGCCGGUGCCUGUGUACCUGCCGCCCGCCGCCCACGAGGGGCUGUGGGGCGGCGAGGGAUGGAUCCGCGGUUUCCGAUAUGCGCGUAACGACAAGCUCUCCACCAGGCUGCCCAAGACGUGGAAGCCGCAGCUCUUCGAGCGCCAGUUCUACAGCGAGAUCCUGGACGCCACCCUCACCAUCACCGUCACCAUGCGCACCCUCGACCUCAUCGAUGAGGCCUAUGGCUUUGACUUCUACAUCCUCAAGACUCCAAAAGCCGAUAUGUGCUCGAAGCUGGGGAUGGAUUUGAAGCGAACGAUGCUGCUGCGACUUGCACGGCGGGAUCCAAAACUGCAUCCCAACGAUCCAGCCAAAAGAGAGGCGAUCUAUAACAAGUACCAGGAAUUUGUGAUCCCAGAAGAGGAGGCUGAAUGGGUCGGCUUGAGUUUAGAAGAAGCAAUAGAAAAACAGAGGCUCCUAGAAAAAAAGGACCCUGUCCCACUCUUUAAGGUGUACGCCGAAGAGCUCGUCAACCAAUUGAAAGAACAGGCACUGCAGAAGCAGUAGAAGGAAAGAAACCUUUGGAGCAAAACCCCUGCUGCAGAUCGAGCCGUGGGGGUCAGCGAGUCUUCUGUCUGAGCCAGGUUGUGUGGAAGAGGCCACAAGAAGAGGUUGCCCAGGAGCACGUUGCAGUUAUCAAAGUCUAACGACCGCCUAAGUUCAUUGAGGAACCAUUCCUGUGGGCUGAGGAAAGAAUUUCUGUCCUGUGGCCUCUGAAAGUGUUCUUGUAAGACUUAACGUGGUGGUUUUGCCUGUACAAAUAGUUGGCUGCUGUUGAGAGCUUGAUCACGGUAUAAAAUGAAAUACGCGUUUUGGGAAUAUGAGUAAACUUUUCUCUGAUACUCA